CUUACGUUGGUAGAGGGAAGGUAGGGAGUAGGGAGUCGGUUAGCUUGUGGUUAAAAGUCCCCUUGCAUCAUAACUGUGGAUGUGGAGCGAGACUAACAUCCUCUGAAAGAGGGGAAAAAAAAAUCUAGAGAAUGAUUUCUGAUGGCAAUUCAGGGCCUACGAUCGAGAUCAAUGAUCUGAAAUUCACAUAUCCUGGGAUCGAUGGCCAUCCUCCUCCGGGUUCCCCUCCUCUCAUCCAAGAUUUCUCUCUCACCCUCAAUCCGGACCGCUGCCUUCUAGUCGGGUCUAAUGGCGCUGGCAAGACCACCAUACUUAAGAUCUUGGGAGGGAAGCACAUGGUGCAACCAGGCAUGGUUCGUGUACUUGGAAGAUCAGCUUUUCACGACACCACUUUAGUAUCUUCUGGUGAUCUGUGUUAUCUUGGUGGAGAGUGGAGACGAGAUGUUGCUUUUGCAGGGUUUGAGGUUCCAAUACAAAUGGAUGUUUCUGCAGAGAAACUGAUAUUUGGGGUAGGUGGAAUUGAUCCUGGAAGAAGAGCAGAGCUAAUCAAGGUACUAGAUAUCAAUCUCUCCUGGAGGAUGCAUAAAGUAUCUGAUGGUCAAAGAAGAAGAGUUCAAAUUUGUAUGGGUCUUCUCAAGCCAUUCAAGGUUCUUCUUCUUGAUGAGAUUACAGUGGAUCUUGAUGUUCUAGCAAGGGCUGAUCUUCUGAACUUUCUGCGGAAGGAAUGUGAAGAGAGGGGUGCUACAAUUAUGUAUGCAACGCAUAUAUUUGACGGUCUUGAGAAUUGGCCUACACACAUAGUUUAUGUAGCUCAUGGGAAGCUGCAACUAGCAAUGCCUAUGGAUAAAGUCAAAGACAUUAGCAAAUUGUCACUGAUGAGAACAGUUGAAAGUUGGCUGAGGAAAGAACGAGGUGAAGAGAGGAAGAGAAGGAAAGAGAGGAAGGCAAAAGGUCUUCCGGAAUUUGAAAGGCAAGUUGAGGGAAGCCGAGUGGCAGGGGAUCCAGCUCGACUCAUGAAUAAUGGCUGGGCAGCAGGGCGACUGAAUCCAACCGUUGCUGGCGAGGAGAACUUUCUCCUCAGCUCAAACAGAGUGCUGAGGCAAUAGAUAUAUUCCAGUUCCUUCUUCCUGUCUCCCAUUGAUAUUUUCUUUUUCGCCCCCUCUACCUAAACGCUGCCGAUGCCUUCUUCCAUUUAUAGUCGUAUUAUUACUUUGAACUUUGCGCACCGGCCCUGUUUGUUAUACGGCUAAAUGGGUCAUGCUAUUUAUAAUUUAUGAAUUGCACCUGUUCUUAUAAACUUGUAUGUGCUUACAAGUAUUUCUCUCUUAAAAAAUAUAAAAUAUUGUUAAUUGAA